UAGAAUCCACACAGGAGAGAAACCAUUCAGCUGCAGUCUCUGUGAAAAACGAUUCACACAGAGUCAUCAGGUCAAAAGCCAUAAGUGUGUUGGUCGUCAGUCCUCACAGCUUCAUCAAACUCAAACUGAGGAGAACAGAGAGGCAGAGCCUCCAGCCAGCAGCUCAGCUGAACACAUGGAAACAGAAGCUGAUGGAGAGGACUGUGGAGGACCAGAACCAGCCAGGAACUCAGAUCCAGAGAGACAUUUACAACCAGAGACUGAGGACAACCUUGGAGACUCUUCUGAACCUGACACUGAUGAUAGUGAUUAUUGUUAGGUUUAAACUCUUUGGGCAAUGAGCAGAGUUGGGUGUUCGUGUUUACUCCAUGAGUGAUAGACAACACUAUUUGGUAACUUUGAUUUUGUUUAUUUAAGUUAUACCUGUUCACUUUUAUCAAACAGUAUAUAUUUUUUUUGUUGCUGUUAUAAAUAAAGUUUUGGAGCUUAAAUCAACCGACUAAGCCUAUUUUUCAAAGGACAAAUAGAACCCUGUCACAUAUGGUGUCAGAAGUGGGAUGGCUAGUCGGAAAAAGCUAAUCCGCGUUACGAAGCACCGCACAGGACUACGUUCCCAGCGUCAGCAGCAGGAGAAGAACGCAACUGGCAAAUCAGAGCAGGCAUGGGAGACGGAGGACGAUGAUUAAGACAGUUCCUGGAUGCCCCCAGCAGCUCCUACGGCCUCAGGGUCAACCAGUGAACCAGGGGGAGAACUGUCACUGAUGAAAUACUUUCUAUCAGGGCAGCAAAGGCGAGAGGAGUUCCUGUUGGCAGAGCUCCGAGACCUACGGACUUCUGUUCCAGUUGGUAAUCCUUUUCCUCAAUCAGAGUCAGAUAGCCAGUCUGAUCAGCCAACGCCUGAGUCGAGGCACUAUGCGGCCUAUACUGCAAUGGACCAGGCGAGAGCCCACUGCUAUAGAGACCUGAGAGAAGCGUUGCUGACAAAAUUCGACAUCUCCCCAGAGACGUAUUGGCAGCAGUACCGGUCCAUGGUGGUACCGUCUGAAGACAGCCCCAUCGAGACCUACCAUCGCCUUAAAGGUCUCUACCGGCGCUGGAUUCGGUCAGAGCAGCACACCAAGGAGGAAAUUGCAGAGGCCAUCAUCUUGGAGCAGAUGCUUCGGAUACUCUCACCGGAGGUGAGGACCUGGGUGAAGGAGCAUGAGCCUACAGACUGUCUUGCGGCUGCCAAGCUGGCGCUCCAGUACAUCAACGCCCGCAGAGGAGGACCACCUGCACGCUCAACCACUUUUACACACCAACCAGCACACCAGCCCUGCAAAGAGAGAGAAUCGACCAGAGUUCUCAGGAUAUCUUAGCACUGCCCCAAACCAACAAGGUAAGGUAAGGAUUUCAUUUGCUAUUACUGCCAUCAGCCAGGCCACAUAGCUUAUGUGUGUCCCCUACGCAAAGCUAAGGUCACAGGCGCUUGCUAUGCACCCCGGGCAGAGUUGGGGCUCAUUGGGGAUCAAGAGGAACGUGUUCAACGUCAUACAGCUGUCACUGUUAAUGGCCAGCAGAUCACUGCUUUGUUGGAUACUGGUAGCUUCAUGUCUCUAGUGAAGCAAAGACUUGUGCCAAUUGGAGCUAUGGACUACAGCAGACAAACAGACAUUUUGUGUGUUCACGGGGAUAAGUAUCCCUAUCCCAAAGCAGACCUAUCCGUGAUCAUUGAUGGACAAUCGUACCUGUUGAGUGUGGGGGUGGUACAGAACUUGCCGGUUGAUGCAAUCCUGGGAUGGGAUUUACCAGUACUCUUGAAUUUGCUGCAUGAAAAAGAUCUCUCUGUGAAAACUGACUCUGGGGGAAAUGGGAAUGUUAAUGUUUCUGGCCCAAUGAUAACUAGAGCCCAAGCGAAAGCUGGAGUCCAACCACUCCCAGACUUAGAUAGUAGUCUGUGUGAGGGUGGCACUAAGGGGCCAUGAAAGAUCACAACAGCCGUCCUACCCAUUGGUACCUCUCACUCCAACCGUUCAAAUGUAUUAUCCGUCACCGAUCUGGCAAAUCGAAUGUAGUGGCUGAUUACCUUUCCAGGUUGCCGCACAUCGCCAACCUCGUGGAGGGGGAGGAUAAUGUGUUCAGGAGAUUGUUGCAGUGAAGGCAACAGCGAGAAUGUGUUUACUCCAUGAGUGAUAGACAACCCUAUUUGUUAACUUUGAUUUUGUUUAUUUAAGUUAUAAUGUUUCACUUUUAUCAAACAGUAUAUAUUUUUUUUGUUGCUGUUAUAAAUAAAGUUUUGGAGCUUAAA